AUGGCGAAGCGUGACAGUCUCACGGUGUGGCUUCCCAAGGAGAUGUAUGGCUCCGUUGAGCCCUUCGCCGAUGAACGGUACAUAUGGUGCCCAAUGCCGUUCGACGAAUCCUUGCCCAUCGAGCAGACGUCGUUCAUCGACAUGGGAAACAGUCCCGCCCAACCAACAAACCGCGAGCUGACGACUCAUGAGCCUCCGGCCCCGCCGCCUCCGGCUGUGCCGGCAGGGCCGGGGGACCUGUCCACCUCCGACACAGAGUCCGAUGAGGAAGUACCCUCGAGAAAGAUCGGCCAUAAUCUCGGCCGGGGCAGACGGAGGCCCAGCGGGAUGCAGCCGGCACGGCAGAAGCGCUCCGCGGUAGGGGGUGGGUCAAGAAGUAGCAGGGGUUUCGCCGUGCACCUGGGGCUGAAUCUCGACAUCGAGGUGACGCUGAAGGCGAGAAUCUUUGGGAAUUUGGAGAUGAGUGCGUUGUAA